AUGACUGGCACUCCUCGACUCCGAUCGUCGUUCCCCCAGACUCCCCGCACUCCUCUACGGAAUAGAUCCCUCAACAACAGCCAUAACGGCACUCCUCUCGAAGUCCGCCUUCGGAGCCUUCGAAAUGAGAAGCCAUUUCCCUCGAUGAUAGAUCGGGAGGACUCAGACGCGCCCCUUAUCCCUUUCAGGAUAAUCGAUGCGCCAUCCCAGAGGCUAUAUGUUGUGGCAUUUUAUAUGGCCUUAAAUGCAUGGCGCAUAUAUGAAUAUUGGACAUCGUCGGACGAUUUUGAUUCAACUUGGCUUUUCUUGAAAUGGGUUACAAUCGAUGGCAUCUUCCUCUUCGGCCUUCCUGCCCUGAGAAUACCCUGGCUAGAAUGGUCGUUUUCGACUACCUUGGCCGUCUUCAUCGUGCAUGUUGUCGCCAAUGCCUUUCUAAUGUUCCACAUCCCUAUACCUAUAGAAUCAUGGAUGGCUGCCCUACUCAAGCUUGCAUAUGACAGAGAACUUUCCAUCUCAGAGACGAGAGUCAAACCUGCCGAUAUUCUCCAUAACUCGUCUUUGAUUCUGGGGAAACAGAUCAUUCAUAUUCUUCCUGAAGGUUCUGCGGUGCUUAAUCCUGAGCACACCUCCUUUUGUAUCGACAACGAGAAAACACAGGUCAUGUUGCCGAUCCGUGUCAACCAGACAACGCCUAUAACCAUUGAGCUAUUGCGAUUUGACCUUGAGUCUGGUCAGAACGAGACCAUCUCAGUUCCGCCUAAACAGCUGAAGUAUAUGAUAAAGCAAGCAAAUAAGGGCCACUCGAGUUCAGAUAUAUACAACCCCCGAGAUUUGCAAUUUCCAGUGAAAAUGACCGGAAUAUACAAACUCCUGAGGGUUGUGGACGAUUCAAAACUUGAAGUUAGGCGCCGUUCACUUGAUACCCUCGUUGCCACCUGUCCGAAGGCUCUCAUUCGACCUUCCGCCGACCACCGGUGUAAGGGUGAACUUUCCAACUUGACGCUGGUGGUUGAGGGGACACCGCCUCUGAAGAUCAAAUAUAGCCGCAAGGUCAACAAGAUCGACCAUGGCGUCUCCUUCCAGAGUAUUCAGCCCGAAAACUUCAGGUCGCCUCUUAUCGGCCAAGGCCAUGUCGAUUCCCUGAUCGACUCAAGCAACCCGGAUAUUAGCUGGGCACAGGCUCAAAGAAUCGAAGUUCCGCUUAACGAGUCGCUCAGCACUGGUGGAGAAUGGAUUUAUACCAUCGAAGAGGUCCACGAUGCCUGUGGAAAUGUCGCAAAUUAUUCUACUGCUUCUGAAGACGGUGACCAGUUUUCAAAAAUUGCCCCUCAAACUCAGCAAUUUGUGGUUCAUGAGCGCCCUCGCGUUUCGUUGAGUAGAUGCAAUGCCCAAUCAUAUCUCCAAGUUGCAAAGGAUCAGUCCAUAGACCUACCAGUUCAUUUCCAUUCCGUUGAGCGAACCCAGGCAACUGAAGCUCCUUUUAUAUUGACAUACUCCUUCACCAGCCAGGCAACACAGGGUGACAAUUCUGUUCCUCCCGUUCUGCAGCAAGUCAUUCUCAAAAGUGUCAACCACAAACCCCAAAUUCAGGAGCCUGGAUGGUACAGCCUCACAGCCAUCUCCAACCAAUUUUGUUCUGGUGAGAUAUUUGAGCCGGCGUCUUGUUUCCUUCAUAACCCGCCUGAGCCAAGCAUCAACUUGCGCUACGAAAAACUCUAUGACAAAUGUGCGAAUAGUUCAAUUGGUCUUCUGGUAGAUCUGGACUUAAUUGGAACUCCUCCGUUCCGAAUUCGAUAUGAUAUCGAACAAGCAACAGGGGUUCAGACGCGUGUCAUAGCCCUUGACUCUUUAAGGAGCCAAAUCGAUUUUACUCCAACAGAAGCAGGCCAUUACAAAUAUGAAUUUCUGGACAUCUCAGAUCGCGUUUACGAACCACAGCCACUGAAGGGUAAAGUUCAAGUUCUAGAACAGGAUGUGAAACCGCCAGCAUCAGCGCACUUCCUGGGACCAGUAACCAGUCGCAAAGCCUGUUUUGGUGAACCUGUUUCGGUCGAUGUCCUCUUCGUUGGAGAAGCUCCAUGGUUGCUGCAGUACGAGCUCGUCCAUAACGGGAAACGAAUGAAACUCGAGCUUCGAAGCGAGCAUGAAGUAGCAACACUUGUCACGGAAGAUCUUGAUGGGGGUGAAUUUACUCUUGGUUUGACAAGUGUCAAGGAUAAAUCAAAUUGCAAGCGCAUAUUGAAAGAAGAGAUCAAAAUUGAUGUUCGCCCCAAGAGACCUCAAGUUGCGUUUGGCCAGAUCGAUAAGAAGCGUAGUAUCCUUGCUUUGGAAGAUAAGAAUGUCGAGGUACCGCUAAGGUUGGAAGGAGUGCCGCCUUGGACCGUUAAGUUCCAGAACCUUGAUUACGCUUCGAUGCCAGUUAUUGAAAAGUCUCUGUGGAACGAAAACAGCCUUGUCCAAUUCACACAACGGGGCCGAUAUGAAAUUAUCGAGGUUAGUGAUUCUUCCUGUCCUGGGACUGUUGAUAGUGGAGCAAACACAUUUGAAAUCACUUGGAUUUCUCGACCGAGAAUUAUAGCUGUCGAUGGUGGUUCAGUUGAAGACAAGGAAGUGUUUGAAAAACGAGAUGUCUGCGAGGGUGACGAAGAUCUCAUGGAAAUCAAACUCGAUGGCACCCCCCCUUACACUCUUAGAUACGAAAAACAACUUCGACCCCUCACUGGUGCAAUUGCUACAAGCUAUAAGUCAAUAACAGCGGCGCUGGGUUCUGCUUCUCUGCAAAUGGACACCUCGAAACCCGGUGACUAUGCCUACACUGUUGUUGAACUUGUUGAUAAUCUUUACAACUACGAUCAAAAGAAGCAUGCGCCGUUUAGUAUUACGCAACGGGUCAAUCCUCGUCCCUCCGCGCGCUUUGGGCAGCCUAACCACAUUUAUGGAUUCUGCAAAGAAGAAGGGAAUUCGGAGGAAGCCAUUCCCAUAAUCCUGGAUGGAGUACCUCCGUUUUCUCUGGAGAUUGGAAUCAAGCAUCAUUCCGUAUCCAAGCCGGAGGUGCUGUCCAUACCAAACAUAGCCUCCAACCGAUAUAGCCUGCCUAUCCCACGGCGAUAUCUCGAUCUAGGCCAACAUGUCGUCAACAUCUUAAAGGUCCGCGAUGCCCGUGGUUGCCAGCGAACGACAGAAUACGAAGGUUCGUCUGUGCGAGUAACAAUCUCAGAUGUUCCAACAAUUAUCCCACUUGAGACAAAGGUUGACUAUUGUGUCGGAGAGCGCCUGUCUUUCUCACUGUCUGGCCACGCUCCCUUUGAGGUAUAUUAUACAUUUAAUGGUGUGGAGAGAAAAGCCAACGUGCCAAAUACUAGCUUCCGUCGCAUUGCAGAAAAGCCUGGUGAAUUUACGAUUACGGCGGUUAGUGAUGGGGCGAGUGGGAAGUGCAAGGCGCAUAAGAAUAUUACCAAGGUUAUCCAUGAGAUGCCUAGUGUUAGGGUCAGCCGUGGAUCUGUAUCUGUUGUCGAGAUACAUGAAGGUGGCGAGGCUGAGAUGGUGUUUGAGUUUUGGGGGACUCCGCCAUUUGAGUUCACAUAUACCCGCAGUUCAAUCGACCGUAAAGGGAAGAAAUCACAUAUCCUCGAUACUAAACAUGACAUCUCCUAUGAAUAUACCAAGACUAUCCGUACAUCUGAUGAGGGUAGCUACGAGGUUGUCGCCAUUAAAGACAAGUUUUGUUCUUUUUCUAUGCUGGAUGGAGCUGGAUCAGCUGGUGGAAAGAGGAAAUAA